UACAAGAUGGGCAUAUGUUAAGGGAGGUCUAAAACUUAGGAAGACUAAGUUCACAAGCUGAACCAACCAAUAACAACCAGUGGAGAGUUACAGAUUAAGGUGUUGCUGAAGAACAUUACUUUAAAAAUGAGUGGAGUCAGACAAUGCUCCAUUCAAUUCGAUUUUGGGUAGUGCAAGUACACAUCGCCUGUGCAUAUAGAUAACAAUGGAGAACAUUAUGUAUUAAAUUCAUAGAAGGAAGUGGCGAGCUAGUUUCGAUGGUACCUUAAAGAUGAGUGAGUAGUUGAUGCGAGAAUCCAAUAUGAAAAUCUCAGUGAUGGACUCUUAAGUGAUUGGAUCUGCGACAAUCAAUUUGUUUGAGGCAGCAGUAGGUCCAUUUCACUUUCAAUUACCAAUCAGAGGACAACAUGCGGGCAAUGUCACUUUUGAUUUGAAAAUGAAUUAGAUUGUGUAGGCAACUCUCUAGAGUAAGUACAUUAUAUGGGAAUUAAACUAAAGUCUGAGCGAUGUUAGAUAUAAUUAUAAUUUGCGUUUGGUGGUAUGAAUAUCAACUUAAAUACAAAAGACUUCGUAGUUCUCAUUCAUCUCUGAACACUCGACUACAUUUGUGAAUCCAAAUUAUCGAAAACAAAAUGAAAAGUAGAGGACUGUAAUGUCUUCAAGUCGUAAGAGCAUUUUAGAUUAAGAUGCUUUGAGAGAUUCCAUUAUAUCAUUACCGAAAACACCGUCUAGCAGCCAAAACUUUAAUCAUUCUCUCGACUCGAUUAUUGCAGCUACGCCAUAAAAUAAAGGGUAAGUACCUGCCUCACAACCUUAUCACAGGAUAGAGUGGGAUCACUCUGGAGAUGAACUCACUUUGAUAGUAGAAUUACCAAUUUCGGAAUUUUAGGGUUCUGCUAUUCAAUUAUGUUUGUGGUCAAUAUCUUCAAAUUAGAAUAAUAUGGGGAACAGCAAGUCUCCUCAUAAGACUACUAUAAAAAAGACUUAGAAUAAGCAUGACUCAGAAUAUCUGGAUCUGGAAAUCUAGGAUCAUCAUCUGGUUGCAGAAACUUAUAUUAAUUUAUAGCAUUUAGAAAAUAACUUAGUAGCUGAUUUGGGAGCUAAGUUCAUUGUUAUUAACAGCCAAUAGGCAAAAUCAAUUUGGUAUCAUGGUGUUGAAGUAGGUAAGAUAGAUUAUGAAAUCAAUGUUAAAUUACCAAAUUAUUUGUAAUAAUCGUCAUUUGGUGUGCAAACUGAGAAGGGGAUAGUCUCGACUGCAUCUGUAGUAGGGAAUGUGGAAAAUAUUAGUGUUACAGAGAUUAAGAUGAUUUAAAUUGAGUUUCAGAAACUAUCAAGUUCCAUCUUUAAGAUUGAACACAAGACUCUAAAUGUUGAAGACAAAUUAAAGGUACGUCAGGAUAUGGAUCAAUAACUGAACAAGUUGGCACAAUUACUUGGAUAAUCACAUGGAACCAACAUAAAAACAUUUCAAUACAAAUCAGAGGAUGACUUAAUGAAAGCCUAGUAAUUGUUGAUUCAAUUGUCCAUUCACUUAGUGGAUUAUUCGAAGACUUUGGCAUCAUUCAAUUCAUACUUUGAAUGCUUAAAUCAAGUACUAAAUAGAGGAGAACUGAUGUUAUCAUAAUUGGGAUUCUUUAAGGCUCUAAGUAAGAAGCAAUCUGAAUUCAAAACAGAGGUUGGUUUAGAAUAUCAAACCUUUUUGGUCAAUACACUUCGAUUCACUCUCUAAAAAUUGUAUCAAAAGGAUCCCAGUCAACAAGCAAGAUAAUUGUUCAUCAAAUUUUUAGUAAUUAGCUAUUUUCGAAUUCCAGAGUUCAGAGCCAAAUUCCUUGAGUUAAUUAUCAAAGCCGAUGAUCCACAGUUGUUUGAAUUAAGAGGAACUGAAUUCAUACAGGAGGAUGAUCCAACUAAUAUAGAUAAAAGUACAAAAACCAAUAAUUAAAUAUUUGAUUGGCAGAACUACUUUCAUACUUAUUUGUCUGAUAAGAGCAAAGGAAUAUAAAAUCAAUCGACUUUGAAUUAAAUCUUAGAUGAUGAGAGCUGGAAGGAACACAUCAGACACAGAUCUAUAAAUUUUAGUUUUUUUGUAGAGGAAUGGGCUAAGUAUGUUAGGAAUAUUUUGUAAGUGAAAAUACUGCCUUGGUAAGAUAUUCCAGGUUAUAGAAUAUUGGUUAAGUCGUUCAUGUGUGAAUUGAAAUAGUAGGAAUCAGUCCCAGAUGCUAUGAAGAUGGUUCUGAAGAGUUUGCUUCAGAAUCAGAAUUUACUGGGAAUCGUAGUGAGUUUGUUAUUCAAUAAAACAAAGUAAUUUAUGUAUUAAUAAGUUUAUAUAAUGCAGAACAAGUAAUAGAAACAUUUGAAAUAUUGGAUACAUGUUUUGCUACAUUGACAACUAUGCCUGCCUAAUUCGAUUACCCAUUUUUCUUGAAAGGAAUCAAACAGAUUAUAAUCGAUUCGGAACAUGCCAUCAAUAUAGCUAAAUGCGUUUGGCUGAUAUACAAUAUUUAUCCCUUGUUUCCAAGUAACAACAUGAAUUUAACAAUUGAAUAGUCGACUUUAAGAAAGACAUAUGUGAAUUUAUAUUUGAGAAGGCUGUUUUUAAGUUGUUUUUGCAUUGGAGUCGAACAGUGAGAUUAGUAUUCCACUACUUUUUACUUUAUAGAGUGUCUCAUUAGCACAAGACUUCAAAAGUGGGAGGAUUGGAUGAAGAGUAAACAAUGUUUGAUAAUAGUUAGAUAGAUCAUACAACAAUACACUUUGAUUAACAGGCCAAAGAAGAAUUAGAGUUACUUUGAGAAUCGGCAGCCUCAAUAACAAUUGAUUGUAAAGAUGUGUGUGUCAAUAUCCUUUAGUCUGAUUACAUUUACAUGAAAUAUUUGAGAUUCCUAAGCAAGUUGGAACAGGCUAAGAUAAAUGAGAAUCAGAGGGAAUACCAACAGGAUCAUCAAAUUUACUAUCAGAGAUUGGUGCACAAGAUGUUGCGAAGGGAAUACGAGUUGAAGCGUCAAGAGUAGGAGGAACCGAAGAUGAUGGAGUAAUAGAAAUUGGAGAGAAUGGUUUCAGAACAGGACGAAUCGCUGUCUAAACAGAAUCAAUUGAAGCCAGUGAUAGUACCUCGGCCAGUGAUGCACAAGAAGUUGGGUUGUAAACACAAAUGGAUAAUGAUGUAGCUAAGCACGAGGUGGAGAUAAAUGAGAUGCAAUAACAGUACUUGAGGUUGUCGAUUCGAGAAUUCGAGGAAUAGUUAAAGAAUUAUAACAAUUGGAGAUAAUAAAAUUUAAAGAAAAUGAUUGGGAAAUAUAAUGAGGAGGGUAUGUGGGUAUUGAUAAUUCUAGACAAACACACGAUUCACUUGAGUUUUGAGGUGCCCAAGGUGGACGUUUUGAGGAGGAUCGAUGAAAAGGAGGGUGCUUGA